ACUCGGUCAGUAAAGUUUGGCUUCGAGGACAUUGCUUUUAGAUUUGGAUUACACUGUUAUUAUUUGAAUAUCGCAAGGGCCUUUGUAUUAAGUUGAAAAGUAACUAUUUUAUAGAUCGGGAAUCCGUGGGCAAAUAGUAAGAAGAAGGCCUUGGGAUCUCACCACAUUUCAAUUUCGAUCCAACUGUCAUACGAAAUUAAGUCACAUUUUUCUGGUCACCGUAUACGGAUAUGGGUCUAUCAGUGGGAUGCACUUCUCAUCCAGGGAUUAAGUCUGUAUCUUUAAUAGAUUCGGGUUUAAUUUUUUUUCUUUUAAAAAAAAAAAGUAAUUAUUUUAUACUAAUAAAAAGGCAUUGCAGACUUGACGAAGCUUUUAUUUAUUUAUUCGAACGCCAACCAUUUGCGAUCCUAGAAGGCAUAUAGUAGCAGCCCACCAUAACAGAGGUAGAUUAUAAUAUACAGGCUUUUGACACGACCUUAGCUAGACUACUAGAAACUAAUUAAACAUAGCAGUAGACUAUAACCAUACAGAUUCGAAAAAUUCUUCUAAGGCUGUUGAAAGUUGGUCUAAUACCAUUGAUGCAUAGUGAAAUUGGUGGAGAAGACGAGAACAUUUGCCUAUACUCCACGUUUUUAGUCUUUGUUCACCAAUAUAUUUAUAUAUAUAUAUAUAUAUAUAUAUAUAUAUUUAAUUUGCUAAUUAAUUUAUUUUAGGUAUAUCUGUUGGGAAAGACGCGGGAAGGAGAAAAGGUGUAUGAAACCAAAGGAGAUUGAUGUGUUUCAACGACGACGUGGUCUUCCUUUCUCAUCCUUUAUAUUAAAACUUCAUCUCCUCUUCCCAUAUCAUCAUCAAUAUUCUCUCCUCUUAUCAUAUUCAAGAUCCUCUGUUCUAAUUUGGACAAAUGGCCACGGGAAACAAAGGAAGACAACUGCCAAAGUUUGGGGAAUGGGACGCCACUAAUCCAGCCUCAGCACAAGGGUUCACCGUCAUCUUCAACCAGGCUCGUGACGACAAGAAGACCAAGAAAACAGCUGUCGCGGGACCUGAGAGUCUGGUUACAGGUCCAGAGCCUCAGAGUAAAAACAACCAUCAGAAGAAACGUAAUCCUCAACCUCCACGAGAAAAGAAGGGAUGGCUUUGUUUCCGCUAACUCGGUUGAAGAAGUCGAUGAUAAGGAAGCAGAACCAGUGAGCUGUUGCAAACUUGUCUUCUUCUUGCUUCACUUUUUUGGGGUACAAAAAUAAAUUAUAGUUUUACAUUGUUCUUGGUUCGAAUAUAUAAAGAUUGAGAUAUGUCCUUAGUAGUCAUGUAAUACAAAACUGCAUAAACGUCAUGUUAUAUGUCUGAAUACUCAA